AUCCCAUGUCGGCAUCAUUUGCUCAAGUCUCCAAACAGAAGUAUGAGGUCCUUUGUGUGCAUCGCUGUACUUGCGCUGUGCGUGAGCGCAGUCAUCUGCGGGGAUGAAAAGAAGGAAACCCCUAAAGAUAAACGGUCUAUUUACCAUGGAAGCGGAGUUGGUUCAGGAAGCGUAGGCGGCUACGAUAGCGGCUUCGGAAGCGGAGGAAGCUAUGGAGGCGGCGAAGGAUUCGGAGGCAGUGCUGGAUUCGGAAGCGGCGGCAACUACGGCAGUGGAAGCUUUGGAAGCAGUGGAAGCUUCGGAAGCAGUGGCGGCUAUGAAAGCGGAAGCUUCGGCGGAAGCAGUGGUGGAUUCGACGGUGGCUUCGGAGGAAGCUUUGGCGGCGGAAUCGGCGGAGGAAUUGGUGGUGGAGUUCACAAGCAAAUUGUUACCGUCACCAAGCAGGUGCCAGUUGCUGUUCCACAACCCUACCCAGUCACCAUCACUAAGAGGAUUCCAGUCGGUAUCCCACAACCUUAUCCAGUUCACGUACCAAAACCAGUACCGGUAGCUGUUCAUGUUAAAGUACCAAUUGAAGUACCAAAACCAUACCCAGUCCACAUCACCCAGCAAGUUCCAGUCAAUGUUCCUGUCUACGUCAAGGUUCCACAUCCAGUGAAGGUUGCCGUUCCAGUGCCAAAACCAUACCCAGUCGAGGUCAUCAAGAAAGUCCCAGUCUCCGUGCCAACCCCAAUCUACGUUAAACAGCCAAUCUACACCCAUACCCACUCUCAAACCACCAAGACCUAUGGCGCUCCAAUCUACUCCACUGGGCAGUCCUUCGGUGGAUCAUCUUACGGUGGUUCCUUCGAUUCCGGUUUCGGUGGCUCUUCUGGAAGCGUCGGAGGCGGUUACAGCAGCGGAAGCUUAGGUGGUGGCUACAGCAGCGGUAGCUUAGGCGGUGGUUAUAACAGCGGUAGCUUAGGCGGUGGCUACAGCAGCGGCGGUUUGGAAGGCGGUUACAGCGGUGGUAACUACGGCAGCGGAAGUUACGGCGACAGCUCAUUUGGCUCCUCUGGAUCCGGUUACGUCCCAAGCACCCACGGAGGUAUCUCCGGAAACUCCGGUUACAACUCAUACGCUUCCAGCUGGAAAUGGUAA